AAAAACGAAGAAGAAGACGGAGGGCGGAGGAUCCAGCGGCCGACAUCUCGGAACCAAUCACAGCGCCUGGCGGGUCUUGAGUUGUUGUGCUGACCUGUACCUGUCUCACUUUUGUAAAAUAUUAUAACGUUUCUAUAUCAUGUCGUCGUUUGUGACUGAAGUGCUCGCCAGCUCUGGCAAACUGGAGAAAGAGGAUUUGUCCAGUAAAAUAAGCAAAAUGUCGCGCAAGGUGGAGGAUACAAAGGAAGAAGUAUGUGACAUGAUAAAUAAGAGAUAUGGUGACUUCCUACCUAGUCUUCAAGGAUCUGAGGAGCUGAUGGUACAGGUUGACGAGGUCUCCAAAGAAAUGGAUAUGCUCAAAAAUUGCAUCGAGAAUGAGGUGCAGCAGAAUAUCCACGUGGCUGUGGCUGAAUAUGCAAAGCUGAAGCAGCAGCUGGAGAAAAAUACUAUCAUCAUAACAAUGCUAGGACACCUAAAAGAGUUUCACAAUGCAAUGGAGGAGUUCAACAAAGCUUUACUGGAGAAGAAAUAUGUUGAUGCAGCCAACCAGCUGGAAAGGGCAAGAUCCAGUGUGGAUUCGCUGAAGGGCUGGAAGACGUCCCAGCUGCCGCUGCUCAGUGCUCUCAGCUCUGAGCUGACGGUGCAGAGAGAAAACUUAAUUUACCACAUGGGGGAUGAAUGGAAGCGCCUCGUCAUCUGGAGGUUACCGUCCUCAAAGGAGCCUGCAGGUCUGAAGUCCUUCCUGAAAGUGGAGCUGAACCUGAGUCAUCCCUGCAGUAAGGACGGUGAACCAAGACCACAUGCUUUACUGUGCUGUGUCCUGCAAGCUCUGGCCAUCCAGGGAGACCUUCAGCACAAGAUCAAACUCUUCAGUCAAGUACUGUUGAAGAACAUGUUGAAGCCGCUGGUGGUUUACCCGUCGCUGUCAGUGAGGGUAACAGAGCAGCAGGAUGAGGGAACCACUCUGGCCUUACAGUGUUUGGAGGAGAGCCAUGAGGAGCGAUCUACUCCUUCACAGGUCUACAGCAAACUGCUCCUGGUGCUCAAGACUCUGCACUCACACCUGCUAGACGUGUCCAUCUGUGAUAAAAAGCUCUCUGCUAUCCUGGGGGAGCUGAUCUGGGAGGAAAUUUCCCAGUGCAUCAUCCAUGACUGUCUGCUCUAUUCCAUCCCCACCAACAGCAGUCAACUGGAGAAAUAUAACACUGUGAUCAAGGAAACAGAGGAGUUUGAGAAGUCUCUUAAGGAGAUGGAGUACCUGCAGGGUGACUCCACAGAUCUGCUCAAAUAUGCCAGGGAUGUCAACUGUCACUUUGCCAGCAAGAAGUGCAAGGAUGUUAUCGUGGCAGCUCGCAAACUCAUGACCUCCAAGAUGCACAACACCGUUAAAAUCGCACCAGACUCCAAGCUGCGUCUCCCCAAGCUGCCAGCGCCAAAUUCAGAGGCGAAAGUGAAGCAAGAAACCACAAAGGAGGAGAUAACAAUGGAGAACACAAAGCAGCUGUCUGCGUGGAGUUUGUGUCUGCCAGCCUGUCGCAUCAGUGAGUCAGUGCAGCAGCUGAUGGAGCUGGCACUCAACACCCUGUGUGAAGCUGUCGGAAGCUCCACACAAUGUGCAUUACAACUCUUCUUCACUGUGAGAAACAUUUUCCAGCUGUUCUAUGAUGUUGUACCAACAUAUCACAAGGAGAAUCUGCUUAAGUUCCCUCACCUCGCUGCCAUUCAACACAACAACUGCAUGUACCUGGCACACCACCUUCUCACCCUGGGGCAUCAUUUCAGAGCUCACUUGCCACAGCCCCUCAGCGAGGGUGUUGCAACAUUUGUUGACAUGGUGCCUGGAUUCAGGAAACUGGGUGCCCAGUGUUUCUUAGCACAGCUGAAUGUCCAGAGAGCUGAACUGCUGGAGAGACUUUCCACGGCUCACAACUUCUGCAACCUGGAUGAUGAAGAUAAUUACAUUGCAGCAAGCAAAGCAGUAAGACAGGUCAUUCAUCAGCUGAAACAGUUGGGUACAGUAUGGCAGGAUGUCCUACCAGUCAGCAUCUACUGUAAAGCCAUGGGCAACCUCCUCAACACGGCCAUCGCAGAGGUCAUUUCCAAAAUCAUGAUGCUAGAGGAUAUUUCCUCUGAGGACGGGGAGCACCUCCACACUCUGUGCCAAACCAUCAUCGAGGAAGGUCCGCUGGUCUUCAUCCCUCUGGCCGAGGAAAAGAAGAACAAGAAAUAUCAGGAGGAAGUGCCUCUUUAUGUGAAGAAGUGGAGCACCUUCAAGGAGCUGGUCAUCGUGCUGCGGGCCAACCUGCAGGAGAUUGUCGACAGGUGGGCUGAUGGUAAAGGGCCGUUGGCGCUGGAGUUCUCCAGUUCAGAGGUGAAGAAUCUGAUCCGAGCCUUGUUUCAGAACACAGAGAGGAGAGCUGUAGCUCUGACAAAAAUCAAAUAGACACUUGGAGCUGAACAAAAUACUAUAGCACUUUUUCCUCUGUGGAAAAUAUGACUCAUGUCUUUAUUCAUUUCCAUUUUCUGUUAUGUCCAUUAAACAUAUACACUUACAUGUAUAUAGAUUGAACAGUGUGGCUUUUUCUGGGGGUAUAAUCUGGUUGUAAUCAAUCUGCUGUAUUCAGACUGCAAUUAGUCCUACAGAGAUUACAUGAAGGCUUCUUUACAUCAGCAUCCCACAGACUCAGUCUUAUAGCUUUGGGGGGGUUUACCAUGACAAAGCCAACUGAGAUUGUGUAACCAUUGGCUUGCCAUCUGUUGACAUGUGAUGUCGUAUCCAGGGUUAACUUUGCUGUAACUUGUCGGUCCAACUUCAUCCAUGGCUCUGCUUUUCUGUCAUUUCAGAAGAGAGAGUUUGUUGAGUAAUGUUUGUUCAAACCUGAAUGCCUCUAAAUGAACAUUUUGUUUUGACAAAGACCCUGGACCCUGCAUCUCUUGUUGAAAAAUUUCUUGUACAAGCCAUUAAACCGACCUCUUCUAUAAUGUAUUUAUUAUUUGUCCAAAUAAACCAAAAGAUUC